AUGUCAGGCAUGCAACGACCAAACCACCUCCCCUACAUCCGCCGCUACAUAACCACCCACAGCAAAGACGGCGAAGCCAUCUUCCUCUCCCUCACCCAAGUCCCCGACUACAUUCCCUCCAAACCGGCCGGCGAAGAUGGCGAAAUCGCCCUCCUCUACACCACAUCAACCACACCCGUCGAUCUCACUGAUGAGGGCGAUGUUGCUGACUACGACGACUUUCUCCAUACACCACCCGGCCUGACCACUUCGCAAGGUACGGUGAUGCGAACGAUUGACCUUCGUCCUGGGAAGAUUAGUCCGAUGCACCGGACUGUAAGCUUGGACUAUGGGGUUGUGCUUGAGGGCGAGGUCGAGCUCAUUCUGGACUCUGGGCAGAGUCGGGUACUGAGACGGGGUGAUAUUAGUGUGCAGCGUGGGACGGCGCAUUCGUAUAAGAACCGGAGUGAUACGGAGUGGUGUCGGAUGUUGUUUGUGUUUUUGCCGAUUAAGCAAUUGACUAUCAAAGGGAAAGAGUUGGGGAUGGAAGUGUACGAUGAGCAGUAUGAGGGCAAUGGGCAGAAUAAAUGA